GUGUAGACCAUAGAGGUGAAGUCAUGCUUCAUACGGCCAUAUCAUGUUGGCAGCCAUUCCUAGGUUUGGCUGUUGUGUUAAUCUUUAUGGGCUCUACCAUAGGCUGCCCAGCCCGCUGUGACUGUUUACCUCACAAUAAGUCUGUCUCUUGUCACCGAAAAAGGUUGAUUGCAAUUCCAGAGGGCAUUCCCAUUGAGACCAAAAUCCUAGAUCUCAGCAAAAACCGGUUAAAAAGUAUCAACCCUGAGGAAUUCAUAUCUUAUCCUCUGUUGGAGGAAAUAGACUUGAGUGACAACAUCAUUACCAAUGUAGAACCAGGAGCAUUUAAUAAUCUAUUCAAUCUGCGAUCCCUUAGGUUGAAAGGAAAUCGCCUGAAAUUGGUCCCUCUUGGGGUAUUUACAGGACUAUCCAACCUCACCAAACUUGACAUUAGUGAAAAUAAAAUUGUCAUUUUGCUGGACUAUAUGUUCCAGGAUUUGCAUAAUCUGAAAUCCCUGGAAGUAGGAGACAAUGAUUUAGUUUAUAUAUCACACAGGGCCUUCAGUGGGCUGCUUAGCCUGGAACAACUCACACUGGAGAAAUGCAACUUAACAGCUAUACCAACAGAAGCCCUCUCUCACCUUCGCAGCCUCAUCAGCCUGCAUCUAAGAUAUCUCAACAUCAAUGUUAUGCCCAUUUAUGCCUUUAAAAGACUGUUCCACUUGAAGCAUCUAGAGAUUGACUAUUGGCCUUUAUUGGACUUGAUGCCUGCCAAUAGUCUAUAUGGUCUUAACCUCACAUCUCUCUCCAUUACCAACACCAAUCUUUCUACUAUCCCCUACCCUGCCUUUAAACAUUUGGUUUAUCUGACACACCUCAACCUUUCUUACAAUCCCAUCAGCACCAUUGAAGCCGGAAUGUUUGCUGAUUUAAUCAGGCUUCAGGAGCUGUAUAUAGUAGGAGCUCAGCUCCGCGCCAUUGAACCACAUGCUUUCCAAGGGCUCCGAUACCUUCGUGUGCUUAAUGUUUCCCAGAAUCUUUUGGAAACUUUGGAAGAAAAUGUGUUCUACUCACCCAAAGCCCUAGAAGUACUGAGCAUUAGCAACAAUCCCCUGGCUUGUGACUGCCGCCUACUUUGGAUUCUACAAAGGCAGCCCCUCUUGCAGUUUGGGGGCCAGCAACCUAUGUGUGCUGGUCCAGACAACAUCCGAGAGAGAUCAUUCAAGGAUUUCCACAGCACAGCCCUUUCCUUUUAUUUUACCUGCAAAAAGCCCAAGAUCCGUGACAAAAAAAUGCAGUACCUGCUGGUGGAUGAAGGGCAGACAGUCCAACUGAUCUGUAAUGCUGAUGGUGACCCACAGCCAGUAAUUUCCUGGGCAACCCCUAGAAGGCGUCUGAUUACCACUAAAUCCAAUGGAAGAGUUACAGUUUUAGGGGAUGGCACCCUAGAAAUACGUUUUGCCCAGGACCAAGACACAGGAAUCUAUGUUUGCAUUGCUAGCAAUGCUGCAGGGAAUGAUACUUUCAGCGCCUCACUUACAGUGAAAGGAUUUGCUUCAGAUCGUUUCCUUUAUGCUAACAGGACCCCUAUGUAUAUGACAGACUCCAAUGACACAAGUUCUAAUGGCACCAAUGCAAAUACUUUCUCUCUGGAUCUUAAAACCAUACUGGUAUCCACAGCCAUGGGCUGUUUCACAUUCCUUGGAGUGGUUUUAUUUUGCUUUCUCCUCCUUUUUGUAUGGAGUCGAGGAAAAGGCAAGCACAAAAACAGCAUCGACCUUGAGUAUGUCCCCCGCAAAAAUAAUGGUGCUGUUGUGGAAGGGGAAAUGGCUGGACCUAGGAGGUUCAACAUGAAAAUGAUCUAAGGUUCCACCACUAGCAGUGCUUUUUCUUUUCUGUGGUAUUGUUUGUAUCCAAUAAACCAACCUGGCAAAUAAAAUUGCUGGGUAGAGGGGCAGCUUGAUGUCACUGCUCUUUUGUUUAAAUGGGGUAUAUAGGAAACAGAAAGACUUUUUAAUGAUUGUGCAACAGGGCUUCUCCACAAGAGACAGAUGUGUAUCAGGGCCUUUCACAGAGUUGGUUUUAUUAAUUGUUUGCAUCGCAAAUAUUGUCAUUCUGGGGACCUCAGUAAUGAACCUGUUGGCUCACUUUCAUGGACAAUUGUUCAAGAUUUUCUACCACAACAAAAAGAAAAAAAAAAGAAAGAAAAAACAGCCUACAGUGUAGGAUUUACAUAUUAAAGACACAUUUGUCUAAAACAUACUCUACAGUUAAAAAAGAGAGAGAAUUUGUAUCUGUGAUUAUCAUUUGUUAAAGCCUUGCACCAUAACCUGUUAUUGGUUCAGCACCACAAAGAAAUUGAUAUAUUCUUUUCAUGAUUUAAACAACAUAUAUACUGUGUACAUUUUAAAGCAAUAUGAAUGAGAGGAUGUGCUUUUAGUUACUUACUCCUACUGACCCAAGUGUGAUAUCACCAUCUUUUAACUGCAAAUAACAAACAUCGCAAAAAUAGAUCCUUGUAGUUACCUGAGAAAAGAUAUAUAGAGGAAAAUAUGAAUUUGUCUGAUUGUAGGAAUCCAGGUUACACUAUCCAAGGCAAAAUUGUUUUAACUCUGUUAUCUUCUAUUAAUACAAAUAAAGGCACUGCCUACUUUUGAUACAGAAUGGAAUAUUUUUUAUACUUGUGAUAUCACACUGGUCCAAUUUACUGUAACAAGUCCUUGGAUUGACCCAAAAGAGAGGACAAACCACAAGUUGUGGUUAAAACUAUGAAAAAAAAAGGCAAGGUAGCCAUGAAAAUGAACCAUUUUAUCAUAGCUUGGUUUAAACUUUACAAACAAAUGUUAAUGAUAGGUGGUAAAGAAUAGAAAAAAAGAAAAGAAGGUAAUGGUUUUUUACAUAUUCAUAAGAAAACUGUAACCUUUAUGGUAAUUACAAUAGAAAAGUCUGAUUAUAAAAGCUCUUUGGAUAGGAAUGAGUUCUCAGAUGCCAAUAAACCAGGUUUAACCAUGCAUAAGAGGAGGAUUAUGCAACUAAGAACAUGCUUAAAAUGUGAUGGUGUCCUUAAGAUGCAACUGCUGCUAAUUAAAAAGACUUGCUCUCCACUGUUUCUAUUUAACAUUGCAUCUUCCAAAAGAUACAUAUAGAUCCCAAACAAUGUCCAUGAGUGGAAAACUUCAGCUUUUCUCCUUUCUACCUUACACAUUACAUAAUGCUUGCUUUUCCUCCAUAAUAAUCAAUGGUAGACAAGAGAAAUCUUAUUGUGAUUUUUAAAGAGAUGAACAAGGUUAUAUUGAAUAUAACCCAGUUACUGUCUGAUCAAGAUGGAGAAAGGCUUAAUCCUGGAAAUGGAAAAAGCUGUAUCAAUGCCCUUCUCCUUUUGCCAAUCAUAUAUAAUAUAAAAUGUUCCAAGAUGCUAGCAUCAUUAAUGGUUGCCUAAAGAUUUUAAAUUACAAAUACUUUCCAUUCUUAAAAAAGAAGUAACAUUUGCACAAAUGAUUUGAUCUAGAUGAGGGUUAAAUUUUUCCAUAAAUGUUUAGUAUGGCUCUUCAAACAGACUGAAUGUUACUAGUAAUCAAUGAAUAGAAAUAAUAGAUGAUGAGUGAUUAUCAACUUAGCUAGAAUGGAAGAAACAUGAAAAUGUAAUGCUAAAAUGAAAACCUUCUUUUCAAGAGACUUCCCUUUUUUGAUCUUUGAAUUUUGUGAAACAAAUAAAAUAUCCCCUAACAAAAAAUAAUUAAAUGACAAAUGAAUAUUAGUACUGCCAGUAGAACUGCCCAGCUAAAAAUCCUGCUCUACCUUCAAUUAGGAAAGCAAAAUAAAGAAAUGA